AUGACCAAACAUGCUGUCUUUUCCUUCUCACUUCUACUCAUAUUUCUCUUCCGGUACUACUGCACCACAGCCGGUGCCCAGGCUCCCGACAUCACCAAAAUCCUUGAGAAGCCUGGCCGGUUCACGAUCCUGCUCCGUCUCCUAAAGAGCACCGGAAUAGUUAACCAACUCAACGGGGAGCUUCAGAAAUCAAACACUGGUUUUACCCUUUUUGCUCCACCGGACAAAGCAUUUUCGGACCUCAGAUCAGGCAGCAUUAACUCUCUAAGUGACCUCCAGAAGGUCCAACUUAUACAGUUCCAUAUCUUAGCCACUUACGUCACUCUACCAAAUUUCCAAACUUUGGGCAACCCGGUGCCGACCCAGGCCGGAGACACCAGCGCAGGUGCGUUCCCACUAAAUGUCUCCUCCUCCGGCAAUGACGUGCAGAUCUCCACAGGCGUUGUGAAUGCCACAGUGGGCAGUGUAGUGUAUUCGGAUAAUGAUCUGGUUGUGUAUCAAGUGGAUAAAGUGCUUCUUCCUCUGGCAAUUUUUAGUGACUAUGAGCCUGAUUCGGUACCGUUGGCGGAGAGCAAUCCUCCUGUUUCUGCUAAAGUAGACAAAUCUGCAGGUGUGGUGAGUCUCCCCAUGCAUGGAAUGCCGGUUUUUCUUGGAAUUGCAGUGAAUAUCGCAGCGUUGGCUUUGUGA